CGUUGGUAGUCGUAUUCAGCGACGCAGCAUGGAGGGCCACACUCUGUCGACGCUCAUCUUCAAUGCACAAAAAGUCAUGGGCAGAUAGAUACAUUAAGAAAGAAAGGCUCCAUAGCUCUCUAAGCUUCAAUUCUCCAACACAAAAUAUCUCAAGUUUUACAUAAAGAAAUGAACAACGGAUUCGUAUACAAACAAGAGGUCCAUCUUACUGUCCUCAAAACUUCUGUCUUCUUCGCCGGUGAUGGAUUCGCCGCCUACAGCUCCGACGGCCAGCUCCUUCUCCGAGCCGACUCCUAUGGCCCCGACAAACGCCACCAGGGCGAACUCGUUCUCACGGACGCCGCCGGAAAAUGCCUCCUCACCCUCCGCCGAAAGUGGCCGAGUCUUCACCAGAGGUGGGAAGGGUUUUCAGGCGAGGGAACGGAGGGUCAGAAGCCAAUCUUCAGCGUGCGGUGGUCGUCGAUAAUCGGACGGUCGAGCGUGACGGUGGAGGUGUACGACGAUCCGGGGGAGGAGUACAAGAUCGAAGGGUGCUUCGCGCAGCGGAACUGCACGAUCUUCAACGCCGCCGCCGGCGAGGAACCGGUGGCGGAGAUUCGACGGAAAGUGGAUCCCUCCGCGAAUGUGGUGCUGGGGAGAGAGGUGUUCUCGCUGUUGUUGAAGCCGGGGUUUGAUGGGGCCUUCGCCAUGGGGCUCGUCCUCGUGCUGGACCAGAUCCACACCGAUGAAGAUGAUCAUUACUUCACCAAUAAAGGAGAUGAUAGGCGAGUCCGUGCGGAGCCCAUUUCUGAUGAUUAGUCUUCAAUCUGAGGCACCGGCCCCGACAGAGCAUUUGCGAGAAUGUAAUUCAUAAUGAUUUAAUAUUGAUAUACACAAGAAAUUUGUUCACUUUUUCGCGGAAUGUUGUAUGAUAUAACUCUUAAAUAUGUGUGAAAUGAGUAAUGAUUUUAUAAA